AUGUUAGAACAAUUUCCAAAUGAACUAUUACUAUAUCUCUUUGAUUAUCUAUCACCAUCUGACAUAUUUUAUUCAUUUUCAAAUUUAAAUUUAAGACUAAAUAGUUUAAUAUCAUGUUUUGAUUUAACUCAAAUGUCACGUAAAUCAUUAUCAUUAUGGACACAAUCAAUUUUACCUAAAUAUCAUAUAACAUCAUUGAUACUUUCUAAUAAACAUCUUGAUCUUAUAUUAGAAUUAUUUCAUGAAGAUCAAUUACAUUCUUUAAUAUUUACGGAUUUAAAUUUUUUUCAAUCAUCAAAAUUAAUAUAUUUUAAACAAUUAUCCUAUUUAUCAAUACAAUCCAUGGUAGCAAAUUAUUCUGAUAAUAUGUUUAAAACAUUAUUAUCUUUACCAAAAUUAGAUCAAUGUUAUUUAUCAACAACAUUUGAAUUAAAUUUUUCUAUUAAUGAACUAUUACCAAUUAGUAAUAUUCGUUAUUUAACAGUAUGUCUCGUUGAUUUAAAUUGUUUAUCAAAAUUAUUUUUAUCUAUACCUCAUAUAAAAUAUUUAAAUGUAACUAUAACAUCCGGUUAUAAAUGGCAUACAUCAUCAUUAAUAGUUCCUUCAAAUUUAAAAUAUUUAAAAUUAAUUUUAAAUGAUACAAUAUCAUUUGAUCCUAUAGAAUCUUUAAUAAAAAUGUUUCAAAAACUUAUUUUUUUAUCUUAUUCAUCAGAAAAUUGUCGUCAAAAUGAGUCUCAUAUAAAUAAUGAAAAAUGGCAAAAUAUUCUUAAAUCUUUACCAAUUUUAAAACAAUUUCAAUUCUAUUGUGAAUUAUCAGAUCGUUUUGAUAUUGUUGAUGCUAAUAGAAUACUUUCAUCAUUUCAAAUAGAUUAUUUUAUUAAAAAUAAAAUUUAUUUUGCUGUAUUAAUGGAUAAUACAUCACAUUUUAUUCUACAUACUAUACCAUAUCCUAAUAAAAAAGCAUCAAUACGUUGGAAUAGUUUCAAAGUACAAUUAACUUCAUUAAAUCGUGUACGAAAUGUCUAUGAUUAUGUUCGUUUUCUUAAAAUAACUGUUAGUGGUAAAACAAUACCUCAAAUUGUAUUACCUCAAAAAUAUCCAAAUGUCGAUUCAUUAGAAUUAAAUGUAACACCGAUACCUGUUAAUAUAUUAGUAGCAUUUUUACAAUAUUUAAGUACAAUAAUAUCUUAUUCAAAAUUAAAACAUCUUUAUCUUCGUACAAAAUAUUUUUCCAGUUCAAUUUUUCAUGAAAUGUUUUCACAAUGUCAACAACUUAAAACAUUCAAUUUAGCUUUUAAUGAUGUAAAAAAUAAAUUAUUUUCAUCAGAUUUAAAUAUGAGAACAGUUGAAACACUCAUUUUACGCUAUUAUUUAUCGUUAACUAAUGACAAAAUUUAUGAUUUAUCAUCAAUAUUUCCUAAUGUAAAAUUUUUAUCAAUUGAACUAGAACAAAUAUCACUUUUUAUGACUACAUUUGAUUUAUUAUUUGAAAAAUUGAAAAAUUUAGUCCAAUUUAAUUUAAUUUUAUACGGUGAACAACAGUCACAAUCGGCAGAAUGGUUACAAACAAUACCAAUGUUUCAAAAAUAUUAUAUCACAACAAAUCGAGGACGACUAUCUGUUUGGGUUUAA